AUGGCACAGGCACAGGCAAAGGCGCAGGCACAGAUCAACCUUAAUGGCCUCGGUCUACAGCUCCCAAGCUCUAGUGGAUCCUCAGCACCACCGACCCCUCGCCGGCCCCUCACACCAGCGGCACCUCCGACGGGCAUAGUCGUCUUCUCGGGUGGUAGCGCCGCUAACAACCUCGUCGAUGUCUUCGAGAGCGUUCGAGAAGCGAAUCAGUGCACCCUGAGCUACGUGAUACCCAUUUCUGAUAAUGGCGGUAGCAGUAGUGAGAUCAUUCGUGUCUUUGGUGGACCUGGUAUCGGAGAUGUGAGGUCCCGACUUGUUCGUCUUAUUCCGAACGAUGAAAGUUCUGAGACGAGAGCUAUCAAGCACUUCUUCAACCAUCGCUUGCCAAAGGUCUACACUGAGGCCAGAUCAGAAUGGUUUGAGAUUCUGGAAGCGACACAUCCUCUCUGGAAUGACAUCUCAUCGCCCAAGAGAGAACUCAUUAGAUCUUAUCUGAAUAGCUUCAAUCUAGAGGUCGUGAAGCGCAUGAAACCGAGCAGUCGCUUUGACUACUCUGGAGCCAGCAUUGGAAACCUCUUCCUCACAGGCGCCCGUCUCUUCACCGGUAGUUUCGAGGCCGCCAUCUACCUGCUGAGCUCAAUAUGUUCAGUGCCGGAUAGAAUAGCAGUCCUUCCUGCGCUAAACACCAACUUUGCUAGCCAUAUCGCUGCUGGUCUUGGAGAUGGCACGAUAAUCACAGGUCAGAAUGACAUCUCGCAUCCCAGCGCUCCAACCGCCGCUGUGCCUGGAGCAUCAGCCGGUGUGCACAGCCCAACAGUAUCGCGACAAGAGCAAACAUGGGAUCAAGACCACCACCAUGUUGAAGACGCGAAUCUACCAGGGACAUUACCUGCAUUACGCCGACCCGCCAUUGCGUUCUCCAAAGAGCAAGAAGAAGACCUACCCGCAAGGAUCGCUCGAGUGUGGUACAUCAACCCAUAUGGCGAGGAGAUCAAGAUGCCCGCCAAUCCAAGAGUUCUAGACGCCCUCCGAUCUGUGCACAGCGUAGUAUACAGCAUUGGCUCCCUAUUCACAUCAUUAAUCCCAAGUCUUGUCCUCCGUGGUGUCGGCGAUGCUAUAGUUAGCCUGCAAGUGCGCAACAAGAUCCUCAUUCUCAACGGCACAACCGAUCGCGAGACUGGCCCUUCGACAGCGCCCUUCACAGGGUUGGACUUUGUUGGAGCUAUCGCAAAUGCUCUUGCUGACUCAAGAGGUCUACCUAAACCCACAGAAGAGGAAUAUAGUCAAUAUGUGUCGCAUGUCAUUUACAUCGAAGGACCAACGUCACCCAAGGUGGACAAACCGCUGUUUACACAAUUGGGUAUAGAUGCGACGAGGCUGUAUGGGCCCAAGGAUGAGAAGGGAAGAGGUGGACGGUAUGAUGCCAAGGCUCUGACGCAAGCGCUUGAGACUAUCAUUGGAAGAAAGGAUGCGCGGUCUGAUAGAAGCCGUCGAAAUACACUGGUGGGUUAG